UGAGAGUUUCUGUUUUUUUAUUAAAUCUUUGCCAAAACAAGAUAAACAAUGAGAAUGAGAGAGGUUCGAGCAUCCUUGAAUUGUUUAUUUCUUUCUUUCUCUUUUUUGCUUACAAUUAUAUAUUUGUUGUUUUGUGGAGUAGGCACUUGCGAAGCAGAGAAAGACAUGGAGAAUAAUGGAAGGAAGGUAUUGAUGAAUAUGGAAAUAAAGGUUUGUGUGGCCUCAGAAUAAAGAUGUUGGUACAACAUCGACACUUCUACUAUCGGAUAAAACGAUAAAAAGUUGUUUCAUCUUUGGGUUCUCUGCACUGCUCAUCUAUUUCUAGGGUUUCUGAUCUGUUUUUCCAUAUCUGUGUAAAUUUAGCAGUCCUUGUUAGCUUACUGGGUUCUUGGUUUCUGUUUUUAGAAACCUAAAGUUGUCCAGUUUUAGGGGUUUUGCUUCUGGGUUUCAUCUCUGAGAUUUGUGUUUUGAUUACACCAAAGUUUGAUAUUUUCUUGGGGGCUGAUCAAUUAAACCUUUCCUGGGUUUUGACUAUCCGGCCAGGAGAUGGUGAGAGGGAAGAUUGAGAUGAAAAGAAUCGAAAAUGCGACAAGGAGGCAGGUAACCUUUUCGAAACGUCGAAACGGGCUGUUGAAGAAGGCUUAUGAGCUUUCGGUUCUUUGCGAUGCAGAAGUUGCAGUCAUCGUCUUUUCUCAGAAAAACAGGCUCUACGAGUUUUCCAGCUCUAACAUGCAAAAGACUAUAAAACAAUACCAUAAACAUGCAAAAGGUGCGCUAACCAACACUACUGAAAUGGAACAGUAUAUGCAGCAAUCGAAGCAUGAAUCAGCUGACAUGACCAAGAAGAUCGAGAUCCUAGAAGCUUCUCAACGGAGGAUUUUGGGACAUGACUUGGAUUCUUGCUCUGCUCAAGAACUCAAUCAGAUGAGUAGCCAGCUCGACCGAAGCUUGCGCAUUGUACGAGAGAGAAAGGCUCAGCUAUUCAUGGAGCCGAUAGAACGAGUAAAAGCAAAGGAGAGGCUUCUCUUAGGAGAGAAUGCAAAACUACACACAAGGUGUGGUGCAAGGCCUUGUCAGAAACCUUUAGUUCAAGAAAAAGGAGUUGGGGCGGCAAGUUAUAACUGGAUGAAUAGUAGUCCAAGUAGCCGCAGCCAAACAAUUAGUAAUUCAGAUCAGGUAGAGACUAGAUUGUUCAUCGGACCUCCAGUGAUGCGUUGUGAAUAAUAUAUAGCACAGUUUUGUGUUAUCUUCUGAAAACCAACACCAACAUCUCUGCUGAUAUUGGACAUGAGCAAGGAACAAAAUAAUAAUGCUCUGUCUUCGAGCAAACCCUAUUUGAUAUAUAUGUAUUCGACUGGUGUAGAAGACCAGAAGUAUUCUAGUUACUGAAACAUGGAAGGAUCUACACGCAUCAUAUGUUCCCACUUUUUCA